CAAUAUCGGACCGCACCCUCGGGGUUGAUAUAAAAGGUCCGACGUGAUACCUCAGAGUCAUUUGCUGAUUUCUACCACAGCCCGAUCUAGAUUCACGAAUGAGACACGACGACAAAGAUGAGGGCAGCCGUACAGUUACUUUUGGCUUCGCUGGCAGCAGGCACCGCUGUGCCACGAGGUAGAAAGAGCCACGCCAUCGAUAAAGAUGACUUUGUGUAUGUCGAUGGGCUGAGGCUGUAUGAUUCGAAGGGUUUGCACUACCUCACUGGCAUCAAUUACUGGGCUUGUAUGAACCUAGCAGCUAGUUCCUCUUCUGGGGGAAACCACUCACGCUUAAUCACUGAGCUCGAUCAGAUGGCUGGCAAAGGUAUCAACCACCUUCGCAUCAUGGCGUCCUCAGAGGGAGCCCCCACACCUCAACCAUUCAGAAUGAACCCACCUCUUCUAGAGGCACCAGGACAUUACAAUGAGCCUGUGUUCAAGGGACUAGACAUCUGCCUCGCUGAGAUGUCGAAGCGCGGGAUGCGAGCUACUAUGACACUGGGUAACGAAUGGCAAUGGAGCGGUGGGUUUGCACAGUUCGUGUCGUGGGCAACGAACGACACCCAAAUACCUUAUCCUUCUUCCUGGAACCUUACUGCACCACCUCAACGCAACACUCCCGGUACAGGGUGGGGCAACUACACGACCGAGGGAAUAGACGCUGUACCAUACGACAAGUUCACGCAUUUUGCGAACAGAAUCUACAGCAAUGAUCAAGCGGAGAAAUGGUACAAAAACCACAUCAAGACUGUAAUGAGCCGGCGGAACACUGUAAAUGGUCGGCUGUACACUGAAGAUCCGACUAUUAUGACGUGGCAGCUUGCAAACGAGCCCCAAGCCUCAGAUCCUCGCGAUGCAACUAACCACUUUGGCCUUGAUCCAAAUCCAAAUGACCUUCUAUUCCCAUGGGUAGAUCGCAUCUCGUCGUUUAUACGCUCACUGGCGCCAAAACAGCUCAUUAGCGUUGGCCUUGAAAGUAAGCAAGGUGAAUAUUACUUCAAGAAAGUGCACAACUUCUCUACCGUAGACUAUGCAACGACGCAUUGCUGGGUCCAAAAUUGGGGCAUUUACAACAUGUACGACUCUAGUGAGGCGAACUUGAAGGCAGCGCAAGAUUUUGCAAAGAACUUCAUGCGGAAUACAAGUCGGUGGGCAGUUGAUAUUGGAAAGCCCGUUUUUCUCGAAGAAUUUGGUAUGGCGAGAGAUAACUGGGAGAACAAGAACAAGGAGUAUCCGUAUCUCAGCAGUGCAUCGACGUCCCACAAAGACGCGUACUUCAAGACGAUCAUCGGUACAGUAAUGAACGACUUCCGCAACGGAGGAGCUUACAUUGGUACUUCGCCAUGGGCAUACGGCGGAAUAUAUCGUCCUGAGACGCAGCACGUUAAUGAGUUCGGUAUGGUAUGGGCCGGCGAUCCGCCACACGAGAGUCCAGGGUGGUACGAUUUGUAUGAUAUCGACCAAGCGAUGGACAUCGUUUCAAAACAGCAAAGGAUUAUUGCGAAGUGGAUCAAGGAGCAUGGGAAAAACAGCACAGGCUAUUGAGAACCCAGAAGAAAGUUGUAAUAUAGGUGCUUAUUAGUUCAUUGGCAUAUUGCAGAGCGGUGCUAAAUGAACGCUUUAAAUAUGACUUAGCAGCAUGCCG